GGUCACAAGCAUUCCAAAAAUCACAGGUUGGAGGAUCUAUCUGAAAUCUCUGGAGAGGAGGCAAAGCCGCAGACAAGUCUCCUGUAGUCAUCAUCCUUAAAAAAUCAUGGUCUAAAUGUAGACAAACACAAGCAUUCCACCCUUAUAUUUCGCUGUCUUCUCCAUUCUCAACCCCAGUUCUUCUCAUACAUACAUAUCCACCUUGCCAUGCCCUCUAAGCUCGGGUGGCGAGUGGGGACUCUCUCUCUCUCUCUCAAUUUCCCCUUUUUUUUUUCUCUUUUUUCCACGGCCACCACUAUCCUCCGUCCGUCACCACCACACCGCCGCUGCCCCAACGUUUCAUUUGUUUAACUAACAUACCAAUUAUAACCAACGUUCUUGCUGGUAUAACGAUAACCGACCAUCAUGACUUACAAUGCGCACCCUUUUCAGCUUUUAGAGAUAAAUGUUAUAUCUGCUCAGGACUUGGCUCCUGUAUCCAAAUCUAUGCGUACCUAUGCAGUAGUUUGGGUUCAUCCUGAGAGAAAAUUGACCACCAGGAUUGACCAGAGUGGCAACACCAACCCACAAUGGAAUGAGAAGUUUGUGUUUCGGGUUGAUGAUACGUUCUUGAAUUCUGAAACCUCCGGUAUAAUGAUUGAAAUCUACGCUGCAGCUUGGCUCCGUGACCUUCAGAUUGGCUCUGUAAGAGUUCUGAUUAGCAACUUGUUUCCUUCCAAUAAUAAUAACUCGAAAAUGAGGUUUGUUGCGCUUCAGAUUCGCCGCCCAUCAGGCCGGCCUCAGGGAAUCCUGAACAUGGGUGUGCAGCUUCUAGACAAUACAAUGCGAAGUAUGCCUUUGUAUACUGAGCUCAGCGCUUCUGCUGUUGGUUUCAAUGACCUUAUUGAUGCAAAGACCAAUAAACAGAGCAUCGAGGAGAAGACAGCCAAGUUGCGUCGUACGCAGAGUGACCAUACUGAUUUCACCACUACCGCCGAUGAGUUUGGCGUGAAAGGAAGUCUCAACGCUAAGUCAUCGGUGGUCAAUGGCAGUUCAUUGGUUAAUUCUUCCACAUUAAAAACCAGCAGCAGAGAUAAAGAUACUGGGACCAGCGGCAAUGGCAACGGAAGCAUGGUGAACGGAUCACUUUGCUCCGAUGUGGGGCCUUCGGCGUCUGUAGUGGCGGCAGCAAUUGCAAAAGGAUUGAUUAAAACGCCAGGAAAUGAAGGUAUUCCGAACAAAAGCGGAGGAAGCAGCUCCAUCAUUGAGGGUUGGACAGAGAACGAUAGUGUGGAAGGCCUAAGAACAAAGCUGGAGAGAUGGAGAACAGAACUUCCCCCGAUUUACGAUAACGAUGCCAAUAAAAUGAUGUCAAAAAGCAGACGGAAGCACCACCGGAGGAGAAGAUCGGAUGGUCCAGGGUUGUUUACAUGUUUUGGUAAUGUUUUUGGAUGUGAGAUUUCGAUUACUUGUGGAGGAGGUAGCAGCAAGAAGUAUGGAAACGGCAAGGUUCGUCACUUAAGUUCUGUGGACAGUGAAUCAUAUUUGUGAGAAAGAAUUGUACUGAUCACCUGGAAAACAAUAAGUUGAACCGAACAGGGAUGUAAUUAACUGUUGCUGAAGAUUUGAAAUGCGAAUGUAUGCUGAUCAAUUAAUUGCAGGAAUGUUUCUUGUAUUUUCUUGGGGGGGAUAUCAUUGUGCAAACUGCAUAGGCCAAGGAUGAGUGUAGAAUCAAAGGAUGCGCACUGGUGAGGAAGGAUAGGAAGAUUAUCAGAGUUUUUUUUUUUUUCCUUUCCAUUUUGUAUUUUCUUUCCAAGAAAACAUAAAAAUUAUGAUCCUUGAAU